AGAAGGGUCCCAACAAGGUCCGAGACUGGGAACAUACCAAGGAAUGCCGCAAGAGAACUGUUGCCUCUUUAUUUAAAGAUGUUGUCAGUGAUAGGCGUAAAGGAUUGUUAUUGAUAAACGUCAACGGGAAGCAACAACGUCGACAUGGAUAGAAAGUCGAAAUCGGAAAUAGACAAUUAAGAUGAAGGAGGGAUUGACAAGAACCAGAAAAGAAAAUAGAAAGAAAAGAAUAAGCAGAGAACCAAGGGGGGUGGAGGUUUUCUGGAAAGUGAUGGAGGGGGGGGAGGGAAGGGAGAGGGGGUUUAGUUUUUUUGGUGAAAAAGAAAAAAAAAGGAAGGAAAAGGAAGGUAAGAAGAGGAGAGGGGGAAAGGUAGAAGAGGGGAAAGGGAAAAGAGGAAGAUCGAGGGUGAGUCGAGCCAGCCAGAAAGGAAGGGAAAUGAGCGAAAGAGAGAGUAGUAAGAGAGCGAGAGGGAGAGUAGCGAGCGCGUAGUAAGAGAGUGAGCGCGCGAGACAGAGUGAGAGAGUGAGUGACAGAGCACGAAGUACUACUAGACUAGAGCCUGUCUGUCUGUCUUC